GUGCUUGAGUACCGACGGCUGUGGCUGUAGCGGCAUCGCAGGUUCGGCCCGUCGGUCCGUGCGGCUUGGGGUCCGCCCGGAGCUGCGGCGAGAGCGGGAGCCCGGCUCCCUCCCCCGCCCGCCGCCGCUGUGAUUGGGUGGAAGAUGGCGCUGGGCGGAUGGAAAUCCUAAUGACAGUCUCCAAAUUCGCCUCUAUCUGUACCAUGGGCGCCAAUGCCUCGGCAUUAGAGAAAGAGAUUGGUCCAGAGCAGUUUCCAGUCAAUGAGCACUAUUUUGGAUUAGUCAACUUUGGGAAUACCUGCUACUGCAAUUCUGUUCUCCAAGCACUUUAUUUUUGCCGUCCAUUUCGGGAAAAAGUUCUUGCUUACAAGAGUCAGCCCCGGAAGAAGGAGAACCUCCUCACAUGCCUGGCAGACCUCUUCCACAGCAUUGCCACCCAGAAGAAGAAGGUUGGCGUGAUUCCUCCCAAGAAGUUCAUUACAAGGUUACGGAAAGAGAACGAACUUUUUGACAACUACAUGCAGCAAGAUGCUCAUGAAUUCUUAAAUUACCUUCUAAAUACAAUAGCUGAUAUUUUACAAGAAGAACGAAAGCAGGAAAAACAAAAUGGCCGGUUACCCAACGGCAAUAUUGACAAUGAAAACAACAACAGCACAGCUGACCCAACGUGGGUUCACGAAAUCUUUCAGGGAACAUUAACUAAUGAAACCAGAUGUCUUACUUGUGAAACUAUAAGCAGCAAAGAUGAAGAUUUUUUAGACCUUUCUGUUGACGUGGAACAAAACACAUCAAUUACUCACUGCUUAAGGGGCUUUAGCAACACGGAGACUCUGUGCAGCGAGUACAAGUACUACUGUGAAGAGUGUCGCAGCAAACAGGAAGCACAUAAACGGAUGAAAGUUAAGAAACUACCCAUGAUCCUCGCCCUACACCUGAAGAGAUUUAAGUACAUGGAUCAACUUCAUCGUUACACAAAGCUCUCAUACCGGGUAGUUUUUCCAUUAGAGCUUCGUCUCUUUAACACUUCAGGAGACGCCACCAACCCUGACCGAAUGUAUGACCUGGUGGCUGUUGUGGUUCACUGUGGCAGUGGUCCCAAUCGAGGCCAUUAUAUUGCAAUAGUUAAGAGUCAUGAUUUCUGGUUAUUGUUUGAUGAUGACAUUGUAGAAAAAAUAGAUGCACAAGCAAUUGAAGAAUUCUAUGGGUUGACAUCAGAUAUCUCAAAGAACUCUGAGUCUGGCUACAUCCUUUUCUACCAGUCUCGGGACUGAGCGGAGAUACAAUGAAGAGAGAUUCGCUGCCUCAUGUCUUCUGCGGUUGUUGUAGAAAGGAUCAGGCACUGAUUGUCCAAGCCAAGAAGUAUGCAGGGAACUCAGAGGGCAGUGGCACACUUUGCACACAGUAAAGCAAAGACUGGAAGAACAAGCCCCUCCUACCACGGUGGUUG